CCCCGCAUCAAGCAAACUUCAGCCUCCCGUCUAAAAUUCCCAUAUCCUGCCCAGUUUCUGCCUUUAUCAUAUUGAACCUAAAAAAGCCAAUCAGAAGAACAUCACUCAAGCAAUGGCACCUAUCAGAGUCGGUUUCAUAGGACUAUCCAAGUCCGGCUGGGCGCCUGGAGCACAUCUCCCAUACCUGACAGCCAAUAAGGAGUACGAGAUUGUCGCCAUCUGCAACAGCAGCGUCCAGUCCUCACAAGAGGCCAUCAAGCUCUACUCGCUCCCCGCUUCUACUGCCGCAUAUUCCCAUCCUGAAGAAAUCGCAAAUGACCCGAAUGUGGAUUUGGUCGUCUGUUCCGUGAGAGUUGACAGGCAUUUUCCAACCAUAGCCCCGAGUCUCAAGGCUGGCAAAGACGUAUAUGUCGAAUGGCCACUCGGUAAAUCGGCAGCUGAGGCGAGGGAGCUUCUCCGGUUGAAGAACGAAGGGGGUGUGAAGAAGGCCGUUGUUGGACUGCAGGCUGGACAGUCCCUGGCCGUUCAAUUGGUGAAGAAAUUGAUCGAGGAAGGUAGAAUUGGAACGGUAUUGAACAGCACAUGGGUUAGUGCGGCAAUAAAUGGCGGAGAUACUGUUUCGGAACCGUAUGAGUAUCUGGGACAGAAGGAGGUAGGGGGUAAUCUAGUGACUAUUCAUUUUGCCCAUUCAUUGGAGGCUGUGCAGCAAGUCCUGGGCUACGGAUUCGAGAAACACAACUCGAUUAUUGCUAACCGUCGGCCCUUCGUUAAACUCCUAAACAGCGAAGGGAAAGUUGUUGACGAGAAACAUCCCAAAACUGCGGACGAUACCAUCUUCUUCUCGGGCAUCAUAAAAGGGUCCGGAGUCCCCUUUUCCUUUUCCCUCCGCGGAGGGACACCUUUCAAGAACACUCCCGGUCUCGAAUGGCGCAUCUACGGCUCCAAGGCCGAGAUUCGCGUCACGGCCCCGAACCCCUUCCUCCAGAUCGGGCUUCCAGACACCAAGGUUGAGAUUCAUGACUUCGCCAAGGACACCGUCGAAGAAGUGCCUUUUCCCAAGGAUGAGUUCGAGGACUUUGCGGUCCCAGCGAGGAACGUUAGCCGGGUGUAUCAGAAAUUUGCGAAGGGGGAGAUUAUUUGCUCCUUUGAAGAGGCAGUGCAGAGACAUGAGUUUAUUGAGGAGCUGUACAAGGAAAACGGGUAUUUGCAUGGUUGAGUAUGGAAACUAG